AUGUAUAAUACAGACCACGAGCCCUCCCUGCACGUGAUCCCCCUUCACCUUAGACGCACCGCGCUCACUUCAACUUCCUCUCUUUCUCUCAGUCAGCCUCGGCAUGUCUCGCCCAGCAAGAUGCCCCCGUUCAUUGGCUCUUUUUGGUCCCUUCUACUCUCUGCCGUAUAUUGGGCUGUGUUCCCUUUGAUCCAAUUCCUCUGUCAAACUGCCUUCAAGUUCACAGGAAGUCAACUUUCGGAGCUCCAACAACCUCCUGCAAAAGAUCUCCCCAAGUCGAAUGGCCCAUCGGGCUAUGCAGAUACAUGCCUGACCAUUCAGUAUCAGACGGGCCUUGACAUCAUCGGCGUCGGAACAGCCGGUCAAGUGUACAAUGUCGACGACAUUGUGUUAAAGACGUGCCGGAUCUACGAGCCCCUUUCACAGAACGCGACCCCCAUAGCUCUGUGGGACUAUGCUUCGGAAACCAUUUUCCACUUUGGCCUUCUGAAAGACGAGAGGGCCAUCCUGCGUCGGCUAGCGGAGCGUCCCCACCCCAACAUCGUCGAGGUCCUUGAUUCCGAUCGGAUCCUGUGGUAUCAGGAUCUCAUCCGGGCGCUUCUGCAUCUCCACACGCUGCGGGUGACCCAUUCCGACAUCCGCGUAGACAACAUCUUCUUCGACCCCCAUGGGCACGCAGUCCUGAGUGAUUUCGGCUCCAGUUGGCCCUUCGGAUACCCGAAUCCUUCUCUGCCGGUUCUCAUGAACGGACCUGCGGAGACCGUCUCGGAUGCGACGGAUCGGUUCGCGAUGGCCUCGAUGAUAUACGAGCUCGAAACGGGACUUCGCCCUAAUGUCUUAUCCGCCGACGCUGGUGAGGGUCUGAUCUUGCCGGUUAUUCAGACAGGAAAUCACCGCCUCGACUCCCUGAUUGAGAACGCUUGGCACGGGCGCUUUGAUUCCGUGGUAGCUAUGCUACAGCACGUCGAGAGUCUCAAUGAUGAUGAUGAUGGGGAAGAUCACCGUCAGACGGCGGUGGAUCGGGCAUCGAGCUCGAAAUUGCGUGAGCGAAUCUCCUCGUGGCGAACGAGACGAGUGGCCCAAUAUGGCUACGUCCUCUUCGCUUUGCCAACCGAGCGUCAAAUCCAUAUCCUAGCCGAGCGUUAUGGCUGGCGACCCGAUGACGAGAGGCGCUUUGCUUUCCAGGAUGACUGA